AUGGCUUGCAAGGAAUGCGGCACCGGAACAUCACCAAUCUAUCGACAAGAUUUCAAAUGCAACAAGUGGUCAUUAAAGCAAUCUGCAACCAACCCAAAGUGUCAUCUAAGAGCUAACAUUCAUGACGAGAGCGGAUCAAUCCAAGCUAGCAUUUUCGGUAGCAUUGCAGAAAAAAUAUUGGGUUUCACUACAACAGAAAUCGUUGAGAACCCUGAAAAGGGCCCUGGUGGAGUCUCAAUUACACAGAAAGUGGAAUAUGAAUGGGUUCCAUCGAGAUGUACCUAUUGUGAGUGUUUCGGAAAUUCAACAGAGAAAUGCAGAAAGCCUAAACCAGUAUGGCUCCCUAAAGAACCAAAGGAAAUCAUACUCUCAGAGAAUGAUUCAUCCCAUGAUAAUACUGAGAUCAACCAGGGAAAUGAGAGGCCACGUGAUGUAAAUGAGGUCAACAAAGUCUCAACUAAACCUCAACUACAAGCUAAUCCAGUAUCGGCGACCACCAUCAAAGGGCCCAUAGACCAUCAUCAGAGAUGCUCAGAAGAAGGAGAAACCAGUGGUCAACCGGGGAAGAAUUCAUCUAAUCUUACAGCUCCAGAAGCUAAGAAUCCUGCUCAUUCCACCAAAGGGCCAAGAAGUCAACAAAAGUUGAAACCAAAGGGAGUAUGGUCUUUUGUAGAUAAUUUUGACUUAUUGCCACAUAGUAGAAUUCUUCUUUUGUGGAAUGCCAGUAAGUUAAAUCUUCAUAUUAUUCAGAGAAGUGAUCAGCUUAUACAUUGUAGUAUAGUUUCUGGUAGAUUUCAGUUUCUUGCUACCUUUGUGUAUGCCUUGAAUUCUAAAGGUGGAAGAACUUCAUUAUGGGCUGAGUUAAAUGACCUCUCUGACUCUAUCGACUCUGAGUGGAUCAUCUUGGGUGAUUUCAACUGCAUAGCGUCUGUUGCUGAAAGGCCUAAUGGAAGAACUAUCACAGUUGGUGAUACAAUUGAGCUACAGUCUUUUAUGGAAAAGUAUCAUAUCACGGACCUGCCUUACACAGGAAACUUCUUUACCUGGACCAAUAAGCAUCAGACUGGAUCGAGAAUAUGUUCUAAAUUGGAUAGAAUCUUUGUCAACAACUACUGGAUGACAUCUUUGCAAGCACAUGCUUCUUUUCUUACUCCAGGGGUAUCUGACCACUCACCAGGCAUUGCGGAGCUCUUACCUCAGAAGGUUGUUCACCCUCCGUUUAGAUUCUGCAACUUUUGGACAAAUGAAGAUGACUUUAUCCUUACCGUGUUUGAUUCAUGGCUGUCAAAUCCUCCGUCAUCAUACCUCUACGGGCUCCAAAGAAAGAUUAAAGCUCUGAAAAUAAAGCUUAAAGGCAGAUAUGGGAGAAGGACUAAGUUUUUGGCUCAGAGAAUCAAUGCGGCCAGAUGUAGAUUACAUGACAUCCAAAAUGAGUUAUUCCAAGAUCCCUCUGAUUCGUUGUUGAUGAUGCAAGAGGUGCAAAUUUCUGAGGAAUUGCACAAGCUCAUAAAAUAUGAACUGCUGUUCUUACAACAGAGAUCCAAGAUUAAAUAG